AUGGAGGAGAGAGAAGGAACCAGCAGCAACAACAACAACAUAACUAGUUUUGGUCUGAAAGAACGUGUGGCUCCUCCUACUGGUGGGGUCUACCAGAUGGACCCACCACGGUCCGAAAACCGUAACCCUUUUCCGGCGGGACUACCCAACACCACCGCCGCAUCCGCAUCUGCCUCCGCCGUAGCGGCCAAACCUUCUGAGAACGCUGCUCCUCCUUUCAGCUUAACAAUGCCGGUGGAGAACUCGUCUUCUGAGUUGAUGGUGAAGAAGAGAGGGAGGCCGAGGAAGUAUAAUCCCGACGGCUCACUCGCCGUGACUUAUUCUCCGAUGCCAAUCUCCUCCUCGGUCUCGUUGACGACGGCGUUCGCUCCUCCGCAACGAGGACGAGGGCGCGGAAGAGGAAGAGAACGCGGCAGAGGACGUGUAGAGCCGCCCAAUAUCAACAACAACAACAAUUGGCUCAGGAAUCCUCAGAUGUUCGAGUUCAACAACACUUCUCCUGUUGCAGCAACUUCGGAAGUUGUCGGUUCAAGUUUUACGCCGCAUGUGCUCACUGUGAAUGCUGGCGAGGAUGUGACGAUGAAGAUAAUGACAUUCUCUCAACAAGGCUCUCGUGCUAUCUGCAUUCUUUCAGCAAACGGUCCCGUUUCCAGUGUUACACUUCGUCAAUCUAUGACAUCUGCUGGUACUCUCACUUAUGAGGGUCAUUUUGAGAUUCUUUCUUUAACGGGUUCGUUUAUAACAAGUGAGACUGGAGGUCUCCGAAGCAGAGCUGGUGGGAUGAGUGUGUCUCUUGCAGAACAAGAUGGCCGUGUCUUUGGUGGUGGGCUCGCCGGUCUCUUUGUAGCCGCUGGUCGAGUUCAGGUGAUGGUAGGGACUUUUGAAGCAGGUCAGGAGGAAUCUCAGCAGCAGCAGAUGCAGAAUCAAAGAAUGGAGAGAGUCGGGAUCCCCAUGACAACACAAGCUUCUAACAUCUCAUUCGGUGGUGGCUCAGCCGAAGAUCCAAACGCUAGGUAUGGACUCAACAAGCAUGUUGUUAUCCAGGCACCACCCGUGUUCGUACCACCUGUGUCCCUUCCCCAUGAGCGAAGCAUUAAUACACAAAACACUGCUAACCAAAUCAGGGAUCUCUUCUCUUCUCUCCCAGGAGAGGAUGAUGAAAAAGAUGAUGAGGAUUUUGAAGGUGAAGAAGAUGAUGAAGAAUUUGGAAGCGACAGCGAAUCUGACACAGAGGUUCCAUACUGAUGAUUGAGUGAGUGAAUCUGACAUUUAUCGUUCUUGAUCUUGACCUGCUGCGGUUUGGACUUAAGAUUCUUCAGUGCUCUUCUCUAUAUUUUAGUUUUCGGUUUAUUAUUAAACAAAGACCUCUCACUAAUGAGUUUGGGAUUAUUGGAGGAUGUAAUCUAUAGGGUUCUUUGACAUGUUUUCUUUCUAUCCCCUAGUGGUUGUUGUAGAAUUUCAAAAACUCAGGUGUGUGUUGCAAACUCUCUCUCAUUCGCUUCAUUUUCAAAGUCAAGCGACUUUUCUUGCUUCGUCUUUAGAGAAU